UGCAAGGCUUUCGUUAAAUACGACCAAGGGAAAAACACUUUUAUAAAAAUGAUAACACAUUUGACAUAGACAUUGACUUUUUUGAACAGUCACAUAUAAUUAAAUUUCAUAGAUAAAUACAGAUUGGAAACCUUAACCACCGUUAUAUUGGUAUAAAACAGGUUAAAGGUCAGCGGCACUGGGCAAAAUGGCGACUUCUGGGUUGUUGAGAAGAAGUGUUUUCAGAGGUUUCAGCUCACUGAAGACAUGGUUCCGCUGCUCUGCGGUCCAGUUCAGUUCUGCCCAGUCCGGGUUCUUCCCACCAGCUGAAGGCAUCAUGUUGCCAGUUGGAGCUUUCCACAACCGAGUGGCCUUUAUUACUGGAGGAGGGACGGGUCUGGGCCGAGCGAUGACCGCCACCUUGUCACAGCUGGGAGCCCAGUGUGUCAUCGCCAGCAGGAAAUUGGAUGUUUUGCAACAAACAGCUGAGGAAAUAAGCAGCCAGACAGGAAACAAGGUCCACGUGGUUCAGUGUGAUGUCAGAGAUCCUCAGGCGGUUUCUCGCUGUGUUGACCAGUUGGAGAGUCUGACUGGACUUCCUGAUGUGAUUAUCAACAAUGCAGCAGGAAACUUUGUGUGUCCGUCUGAGCGUUUGUCUCCAAAUGCCUGGAAGAGCAUCACUGACAUCGUCCUCAAUGGCACUGCUUUUGUUACGCUGGAGCUGGGCAAGAGACUGAUCCAAAGCCAAAAAGGGGCUUCUUUCCUGGCCAUUACCACCAUCUACGCUGAGUCUGGUUCUGGGUUUGUUGCGCCCAGCGCGUCUGCGAAGGCUGGAGUCGAAGCACUCUAUAAGUCUCUGGCGGCAGAGUGGGGACGCUAUGGUCAUAGGUUUAACAUCAUCCAGCCUGGACCGAUCAGAACCAAGGGGGCUUUCAGCCGUCUUGACCCGACUGGUUCGUUUGAGAAAGCCAUGAUCGAUCGUAUACCAGUGGGUCGACUCGGAAAACCAGUGGAGAUUGCAAAUUUGGCGGCGUACCUGAGCAGUGACUUUGCUAGCUGGAUGUCUGGGGCGAUAAUUCGUUUUGACGGAGGCGAGUACGUGUCGAUGGCAGGAGAAUUCAAUGAUCUGCGGAGGGUGACUCCGGAGCAGUGGAAGGUUAUGGAGGCAAUGAUCAGAAGCACCAAGGGAUCCUAAAGAUGAAGGAAACAUACUGUGUUUGUCAUGUUUACAUAUGGUUCAUCAGAUGAUGAAGCUGUAAUUCUUGUGCCCGGACAGUUGUAAAUAGUCUUUAUCAACUAAAUCCCCAAAUAAUCAGUUUAAUAAAUGAAAUGGUGAAACGUCUUUUAAGUCGUAACCUCAAACUGUUUGAUGCUGGUUGCUCUGCUCAUGUGCUGAAGAUGCUAAAGUGUUGAAUAGCAAAAAAUGUUUGCUGACAAUUAUGCAGCAUAGAAUAAUGAGGUAGCGUGAAUAGACUUAUUCACAGUAACAGUCAGACAACCGGUGUAGAUUUAGUAUUUAAGAAAAAUGUAAAUCGGUGAAAUAAAAUCUAUUACCUUU